GACUCUAUGGUGAGGGGGAGACUAAAGAGGAAGAUCUUGGGUAUUACUGACCACAGACCACAAGGAACGAUGAACGAGACGUCGAUGAAACUCGCUGAACGCCUCGUGCCGUCGACCUACCUCAAACAAGCAGCUGACUCCAGAGUUAUACGAGAGAAACUGAUCAGAAUGCUGGUUGAACAGCGGAAGUGUCCCCAAGACGGCUGGGACGACGACACGAUAGAAUUGAUGGUGAAAGAUUUAGCUCUGAUGGACAGCAACAAAUUCCUUCACAACAGUGGAGUAGGAGAGAGAGAGGCAAGAAUAUUCUCAGAGCUCGUUUCUCGUCGGCACUACGGUCUCUGCCACGGGAUUGGUCGAUCUGGCGACAUCGCAGAGGUACAGCCUAAAGCAGCGGGUUCCAGUCUGUUGAAUAAGCUCACCAAUGCCAUGACCCUCGAUAUUAUUAGAACUCUUGGUGUGAGAAAAGCAGCCGCCUGUUUGGUCGUACCUCUGGCAACGGGGAUGAGUAUGGUGCUGUGUCUGUUGACCCUUCGGCAGCAGCGACCCUCGGCAAAGUACGUCAUCUGGCAGCGUAUAGAUCAGAAGUCGUGCUUUAAGUCUAUAAUCACUGCAGGGCUCGUACCAGUUGUCGUGGAGAAUAUCCUCGAAGGUGACGAACUCCGAACAAAUGUAGCGGAAAUCAAGCGACAGAUUGACGUGCUCGGGCCAGAUGCCGUUGUGGCGGUAAUGACAACAACCAGCUGUUUUGCUCCCCGUGGUAUUGAUAAGCUUGAACAGGUAGCGGCUCUGUGUGCUGAGUUCAAAGUACCUCACCUAGUCAACAACGCUUAUGGUCUACAGUCAUACAAGUGCUUACAUCAUAUAGAAAGUGCGGCAAGUUUAUGGCGCAUUGAUGCCUUCGUACAGAGCACCGACAAGAAUUUUAUGGUGCCAGUUGGCGGUGCCAUCAUCGUUGGAUUCAAUGCCAAGUUUAUCGAGGAAGUGGGCCAAAUGUAUCCAGGUCGUGCGUCAAACAGCCCAAUAGUUGACCUCUUCAUAACUCUUCUCUCUAUGGGGGUCAAAGGUUACAAACAAUUGCUUAGAGAGCGGAAAAUGCUGAAGGAGAUGUUGGCCGAGCAGAUGUCAUCCGUGGCCGAGAAGCACGGCCUACGAGUCUUGACCACGAAGAAUAAUCCCAUUUCUAUUGCAAUGACUGUCCCCUCUCAUGGGACUUCUUCUCUGACGGAGCUCGGGUCAAUGAUGUUCCUACGAGGUAUUUCCGGCGCGAGGGUCAUCAACACUAAAGCAGUUAAGACGAUCGCUGGAGUCAAGUUUACCGGUUGGGGGAGCCACUGCGAAAGCUACCCUCAUCAUUACCUAACGGCCGCGGCGAGUAUUGGCAUGACAAACAAGGACUUAAAACUCUUCAUUACCCGUCUAGACAAUUGUCUGAAAACCUUCAGAGCGGCCGAGUCUCUUCCAUCUCCCCAGACUAUUGGCGCGGCCGAGUCUCUUCCAUCUCCCCAGAGUGUUGGCGCGGCCGAGUCUCUUCCAUCUCCCCAGACUGUUGGCGCGGCCGAGUCUCUUCCAUCUCCCCAGACUGUUGGCGCGGCCGAGUCUCUUCCAUCUCCCCAGACUGUUGGCGCGGCCGAGUCUGUUCCAUCUCCCCAGACUGUUGGCGCGGCCGAGUCUCUUCCAUCUCCCCAGACUGUUGGCGCGGCCGAGUCUCUUCCAUCUCCGCCGAAGGUUGAAGAUUGCGGUCAUCGUUCUGAAGACACAGGCGAUGAUAUGGAGGUGAUGAGUUAUGAUGAUGAUGAUGAUUAUGAUGAUAAUAUUAUGUAAAGGACUUUCAAUUCCAUAUAAUUUUUCUACUUUUGUAUUUUGGCUGAAAAGGACUUCUGUUAUAUGAUAAAAGGAAAACAUUAUUUAGCAACUCACCGGACCAUGGAAGGUGUAGUCACGCCUGUGGGUGAACGUGUCGCGGCGUUGAAAGUGCGCGUAGAGUCUUACUGGUGAUAUUAUGCUAAUUACCGUAAGUUUUCACCUUCUGUAGCUGUAUUCUUCUUUAAUUAUCAUCUACCUCGAUUUAGGAACAUCAUUAUAAUCACCCUUUGCAUUAUUCACACUCAUAUUCAUAAUAACCAAGAGGAGAACCAGGGUAAACACAAACAUCUUGACCACGUUGGCUUCUUUUAAUCGCUAAUGUUUCGGUAAU